CCACCUCCCUUCCCUUCCCCCUUCCCCUCCUCCCCCCUCCCUCCUGCACAGACAGGAUGAAGCCAGCAACUAUCAUCCCCUCGUCAGGCGUAGAGCAUCCCACUGACCUCACACGAUGGAGACUCAAGAUUGGGGAUGGCUCACAUGGCAGGCACACAUGGGAGUAUCUUCGUACAGACGAGGAAUGCGCAAACUGGCCACAGAACGAGGUGGAUAAGUACUGGCUAGGACUUCCAAUGGGCCUCCCGGAGUCACCCCCAGCGGAAACGCCUAUCGAUGCCGCCCGCAAAGGGUUCUCAUUCUACAAGCACCUCCAGUCCCCGGACGGACACUGGGCAGGCGAGUACGGCGGGCCGAUGUUCCUCAUCCCUGGGCUGGUGAUCGGCACGUACGUCACUGGCCAGGACUUCAAAGACGAGGAGAAGAUAGAGCUUAUCCGGUACCUUUUCAACACUGCGCAUGCGGAGGACGGCGGCUGGGGCCUGCACGUCGAGCAUCAUUCGACCUGCUUUGGCACUGUGAUGAACUACGUUGCCCUCCGCCUCCUGGGUGUGCCGCCCGAGCACCCAGUGUGCGUCAAGGCUAGGGGGACGAUGCAUUCUUUUGGCGGGGCGGCGGCUUUGCCCCAGUGGGGAAAAUGGUGGCUUUGCCUGCUGAACUGCUACGAUUGGGCAGGGUGUAUCGCCAUCCCUGCCGAGCUCUGGCUCUUCCCCCAGUUCCUGCCCAUUCAUCCCUGGAGAUGGUGGAUCCAUACAAGGAACGUGUAUAUCCCCAUGGGAUUCCUGUUUGCUCGCAAAUGGCAGGCUCCAGAAGAUCCGCUCAUCUUACAGCUGCGCGAGGAAAUCUAUACCACCGACUACGAUCACAUCGACUGGCCCGCACAGCAGUUCAAUGUCGCCCCCGUCGAUCUGUAUUUCCCGCAUACGACCCUCCUCCACGCACUAGGCGCAGUGACCCAUGCCUGGGAACAUUGUUUCAUCCCUUUCAUCCGCAGGCGGGCAAUGGAGUACACCUACCAGCUCGUAGUGCAAGAAGACGAGAACACGCAGUGUCAAGACCUCGGCCCGGUGAACAAGAUGCUGAACCAGAUCGUGCGGUUCGUUGUUGAUGGGCCUGAGAGCUCGGCUUUCCGUCUUCAUGUGGAGAAAUGCAGGGACUUUAUGUGGAUGACCGGGGCUGGGAUGCUCAUGACUGGCACGAACGGUUCCCAGCUAUGGGACAUCGCCUUCAUCUGCCAGGCGGUCGUCGAGACCGGCCUGGGCAAGGAGCCAGGGAACGAGAAGGCGACUGUGGGUGCGCUGAAGUGGUUGGACGGUGCGCAGAUGCGCGAAAACCCCAAGCAUAUGCAGGAAGCGUUCAGGCACCAGACGAAGGGCGCGUGGCCUUUCUCGACCCCGGAACAGGGGUAUACCGUCAGUGACUGUACGGGUGAGGGGCUCAAGGCUGUCAUCUAUCUGCAAAAUCAUCUCGACUACACCCCCAAGCUCGUCUCUGAGCGCAGAAUGUGCGAUGCAAUCGACGUGAUCCUCUCCCUGCAAAACCCCGACGGCGGGUGCGCGUCAUACGAGCCGAUCCGUGGUCCUCGUUGGCUGGAAUGGAUCAACCCAGCCGAGGUCUUCGGAAACAUCAUGAUCGAGUACAACUAUCCCGAGUGCACGACGAGUGCUCUUACCGCCUUGAGCAUAUUUACGAAUGAAUAUCCCCAGUAUCGGGCUGAGGACAUCAGAAAAUUCAAGUCCAAGGCGAUCCAAUGGUUGCACACUUCUCAGCACAAAGACGGAACAUGGUUCGGCUCAUGGGGCAUUUGUUUCACCUACGCGACGAUGUUCGCGCUCGAGUCACUCUCUCUUGCCGGGGAGACAUACGGGAACAGCCCGGCGGUGCGGAAGGCGUGCGAUUUUCUAGUCAGCAAACAGAUGCCCGACGGCGGCUGGGGAGAAAGCUACAAGGCGUGCGAAACUGGUGAAUGGGUAGAUCAUGCCCAGUCCCAGGUGGUCAACACUUCCUGGGCCACGCUGGCGUUGGUUUACGCCCAAUAUCCGCACCGCCUACCCAUUGAACGUGCUGUGAAGCUCGUAAUAUCUAGGCAACUGCCGGAUGGAUCGUGGAAGCAGGAAGCUAUCGAAGGCGUGUUCAACAAAAACUGCGCGAUCGCGUACCCCAAUUUCAAGUUCUCAUUCACGAUAUGGAUGUUAGGCAGAGCGGACAAGUACUUGCAAGCACUUUCAUGAAUAUGAUACUGUUUCCAUUCCAUCCUCGUCGCAAUGCCCAUUUUGGUUAUCUAAACCAUCAGAUCAGAUCACCAUGACCUUUACAACAGAUGCUACUUAGUCCGUAAUCUACU